UUGCGGCGUACAUCGCUCGACAAACUAAUAUCACGGAAGUAAUCGAAGCCCGAGUUAACUGACGGUGAUCGCGUAUUAACGUAUUCGAACGUGUAAAAAUACGGGAUCGCGUGACGUCUAUAGCCUUAACAAGAGUUAUAUGUAGAAGCUGAGUGCCCGAGUUCACAUUUUUCACGUCGUUCGACUGGAACGGAUCGGUCGAAAUCGAUCGAAACAUCGUCAAAGGACGAAAGGUGUGAAACGAGUCGAACGAAACAAAAAGGAAAGAAGAAAGAAAUAAAAGGGAUCGCCGCGAAACUUGUUCCCUCUACCGAGAACUAUCGUUUGAACGGACAAUUAACACGCGAUACACACGCGUUCCUUCUUUAUUUUUUUCUACGUUCGCGGAAUCAGUCUGUCGUCUGACGAUAAUCCUCGCGUCCCCUCGUACCGUUCCAAUUAACGUUCCAGUGAUAAACACGUGUCUCCGGGAGUGUAGGAAACGGCAAGAAAGGGCGACUGGGCAGGCAAAUUUGUUCGUUCAUGUCCCAGACGAUGUUCCUCUCGUUCGACAAGUGACAAGCUUUGACCAAGGGAACAUACACGCAUACGUAUAUAUAUAUAUAUAAAUAUACAUAUAUAUACAUACAUACACGCCACGUAUCGGUACAUUGGACUCCGUGAGCAUCGCGGAGAGAGUACAUGCAACGAUCAGGUGCGUUAUCGCGUGUGUCGCUUGAUCGUUUCUCUUACUAUGCACACUGAGAGGUACCCGAUUACUAUGAGAGAAUGAGCUGCACGGUGAAGAUUUCGUGUGGGAAGAACUGGAGCGGAUCGCAGCGAAGGAUCAACUCCCUCGCGGAGGAAACGACGUGUCCUACGGGUGGAAGCGCGAGCUGCGCCGGCCUAGCGGGCCAACCGACAGCCGUAGUGUCGACCACAGCCACCACGUCCACGUCGACCAUCACCAACACCGUCAAUCCGAGCACGCUGACCACCAGUAGUCAGAGGCUCGCGCCGUCGCGUCCUGUCAAGUCGAUCACCGCUAAAAAAGGGGAGGAUACCACGAAACUGCUCAAGUACAUCGACGAUAACGUCAUCGGCAAGAACGGCACGUUCUUCGGACCAUUCGGCCGCAGGAAAGUGGUCUACUGCGACUACACCGCCUCCGGAAGGUCACUGCAAUUUCUCGAGGAGUACAUCGCGAAGGAAGUGCUGCCAUAUUUGGGCGACACCCGAGCGUCCACCUCCAUCUGCAGCCUCCAAUCGUCUCUGUUCAGACACGAGGCCAGAGACAUCGUCCGACACGCGGUGGGAGCUGGAGAGCAGGAUGCGGUUCUUUUCACGGGUCAAGGCACGGCGGCUGCCCUCCGCGCGCUUCUGCGACACCUCGACCUCUCGAAAUCCACUGUGGUCUUCGUUGGACCGUUCGAGCAUCACGCGAAUCUCCGCCCUUGGCGGGAGCAUGGAGUCAGGAUAAUACGAGUGUCGGAGACCCGGGAGGGCUUCUUAGACUUGAACGAUCUCGAUCGAAGCUUGAUCAAGAUGCGAUCCGAGGGUGUUACGCAAAUGAUCGGAUGCUUCAGCGCUGCCAGUUGCAUAACCGGGGUUUUGGCAGAUGACGUCGCCACGACCCUCCUCCUCCAUCAGUAUGGGGCGCUCAGUAUCUGGGAUUACACCACAGCAGCCCCGUACGUACAGAUCGACAUGAACCCACAUCUGCCCGGCGUCGGUGAGACGACCGUGCACAAAGACGCGAUUAUUUUCGCCGGGCACAAGUUCAUCGGCGGUGUACAGUCACCCGGGGUGCUCGUGACCAAACGGUCCCUUCUCAAAGAUAAAAUUGCCACGGAGGACAUGAGGGACUCCCAUCACUACCACCGGGACGCGGAACUCCGCGAGGAGAGCGGCACCGCGGGUGUCGUGGAGGCCAUCAGAUGCGGACUCGCGGUUCAACUGAAGGAGAACGUGACGCCUCGAGCGAUCGUCGCUCGUCAAGAUAAGAUAUCGAGGCAAGUGUUGGCACACGUACGCACGAUUCCGGAACUGAUUCUGCUCGGCAGCGGCUCCCAGAAUGUCAAGAGGCUACCGAUCUUCUCGUUCAUGGUUCGUCACCCGCGCGGCACGUUCCUCCACCACAACUUCGUGUGCGCCGUGUUGAACGACGUGUUCGGUAUACAGGCGCGUGGCGGGUGCGCGUGUGCCGGCCGUUACGCUCACGACCUGAUGGGGAUCGACCAACGACUCGCCAAGGAAUACCAGAAAGCUUUGAUAGAGGGGGAGAGGAACGUGGAGAAGAACGAGGAGACGAACGCGGAGGGUUUGAGGCCCGGAUUCGCGAAACUGUCGUUCCCCUUCUUCAUGUCCGAGGCGGAGGUCGCGUUCGUUCUCGAGGCGUUGAAGAUGGUGGCGACGGAAGGGUGGAAAUUGUUGCCGCAGUACGUGUUGAACCCGGACACGGGGGAAUGGAGGCACCACACGAACAGCGUGUUCAAGGAGCGAAAGUGGCUGAGCACCAUCAGAUACACGGACGGGAAGAUGAACGCCUCCGAGAGGCGGGUGUCCGGAACGGGCGUACUUCCCCAGAACUACGGCGAUUGUCUGCAGACGGCGCGCAAUAUUUUCAACCGGGCUAGGAAAAUGGCGCAGAGGUAUCCGCUCCAGAUAGACCGUAGCUACAACUUCGUGUCGGAACGGUUCGAGUCCCUUCGAUGGUUCAUGCUGCCGAGCGAGGCGCAGGACCUUCUUCUGGGCAACUCGCAGAACGUGAAGCAAGACGUGCCUUUCAACCCGAUGCUGUCCUGGAGCAAGCACGGCCACCACACGCCCACCACCACCCACGACAGCUUGGUCAACUCCCUCGCCCUUGCCAACAGCAUCCGCCGACUGAACAGCGACAUCCCCCGGACGGGGAACGUGCCGAUCUCCCCCAACUCGCCGAGGCAUCGAAGCCUGCCCGCGUUGAGCUCGGCGAGGAAGACGCUGUUGAACGCGUCCUCGUCCUCCGGGGCGGGGAGCGGGAACGAGGAGGAGCCGCGCUCGAUCUCGGCCGAGCUCGAGUCGGCCAAGGGUCAGAGGUCGCCCGCCACUUGCCCGAGCUCGCCGACGCCCGUCAGAUUCGCGGUCGGCGAGGCCGUGACGCCGUCCGCCCUCGGCGCGAUGCCGUCCCACGCGGCCAACAGGCCGAUCAAGGAGCAAAGGGACCUGAUCGAGCCUUCGAACGCCGGCCGAGUGAGGUGCAACUCUCUGGGAAGCAGCGGGGGCGGCGGCGGUGGCGGAGGCGGAGGCGGUGGCGGCGGCGGCGGCGGCGGCGGUGGCGCCGCGGAUCCCGCCAAUCGAAACGUGGCCUCCUCCUCCUCCUCCCCGAUCCCCCCGCUGCCCCUCAGCCCGCAGACGUUGACGAGCCUCGGGCUGAGCGGGAGUAACAACGGGAGCACCUACUCGAAGCACAGGCGCCACCAUUGCAGUUGCAGCAGCCAGACGGACUUGAACUCGUUGGAGUUGGACAACGGGAGCCCGAGCCACUCGAUCUUGUCGUUGAAUUGUCACACGGCGACCUCGCCCCCCUCCUCCUACUCGUCGGUCAGCGAUUACACGGAAAAAUUCGUAGGCGGGGGUGGCAGGUCGUCCCCGAUCUCGGCGAACGGCGGCCAAAGGUCGGAGGACGAUCUGAGGGCUUACGUGAAGGAGAUGACGAAGGAGUUGGCGACCGAGAUCAAGUCGGAGAUACGAGAGGUGAUCUCGAAAGUGGACGACGCCCUGUCGGAGACGAACACGUCGGAGAACACGCCGCAGCAUCAUUCCCGAAACUUGAACGCGGUCGGGCAGCUCUCGGUCGAGGAGAAACAGACGAGGCACGAUUCGUUCACGGCGAGCGACAUCGCGGAAUACCUGAUGGAGUUCUCGAAGGAGAUGGCCAGCGAGGUGAAGUCCGAGAUCAGGUGCAUGGUGAACGCGGUGGACGGACUGCACAGACACUCCCCCGACGCGUCGGCAUCCGACGUGUCCUCGAACGGGUGCGGCUCUCCCGACAGAGGGAGGAUCGUCCAAGCGUCGGCGUCCGCGAGGAUAUCGGCCGCGAGGCGAAGCGGCCCGAUAGAGAUCUCCGGGAAGGUGGGCGAGUUGACCCAGCAGGAGAGCAAGAUGUCGAGCGAGUGCUCGUCCGACGAGACGGUGAUAUACGUGAUGAAGCCGGCCGAGGGCGAGCAGAUGGUGAGUCGAAGCAAGCGGUCGAAAACGGACGACGAGGAGGUGGUGCACGACCUGGACGACGACUUGAACGACGACGAUUCCCAAGAGCGCGGCGGUUUGGAGAUAGGCGACGCGAGAAAGGUCCUGCCGAAAAUUUAUUCCGCGGUGAACUCGGUCAGCUCUCAGGACAGCGGUAUCAAUCUGUCGUUUCACGAGAGCGACAAAUCCCUCGACUCGGUCGACUUGAAGCGCAGCAGCAGCGCCGAGUCGAAUUCCACCAACAGCUACGGCCGCAAGCCGAGGACGUCCUCGAUGACCGCGCUGCCCAACAAAUCGAACAGUUGCAAGCAGCAACAAGUCCGUCAGAACGACGACUUCUCCGAGGACGAGGAAUGCUCGGGCAACGACUUGAAGGAGGAGGAGGACGGGGGGGACCAAGGGAGCGGGACGUUCGAGUCGAAGGACGGGAAGGUGGAAGCGUGGCGACCUCAGUGGCAUUGCCCGCCGAAGAACAUCUGGAAGCCAGCCGUCGAGGCGAUGCAGGAGUUCGACAUGAUUCGGGACAACGACCGGGUGCUUGUUUGCUUGUCGACCAGUUGCAAAAGCUCCCUCUCCUUGUUGCACACGUUGCACCAAUACCGAUUCUACGUGAGGUCGAAGGGGGUGGACUUCGAGAUCGGCGCCGCGACCGUGGACGCGAACGGACCCAACCCCCUGGAACUGGCCAGCUAUCUCAAGAGUUUGAACGUCCCUUACUUCCGCGAGGAGCAAGUUGCGACGAGCGACGAGAGCAACGCCAACAGCGGCGUUAGUCGAGGGGUGGAGGGGGUGGACGCGAGCGGGGCGUGCAGCUUCUGCGAUCGGGCGACCAGGGCGCAGUUGUACGCGAUCGCCAAGCGACACAAUUACAACGUAUUGGCCGUGGGCCAACAUCUGGACGAUCUGACCGAGGGUUUCCUCGUCUCGGUGUUUCACGGAGGCAAGCUGAGAACCAUGAAAGCCCACUAUUACAUACGCCGCCAAGAUCUGAGGGUCGUGCGGCCGUUCGUUUACGUGCGGGAGAAGGCGUUGAGGCAAUUCGUCGAGAGCAAGAAGCUGCUGGUUUCACGGGGAAUCGGGUCGAGCGACCUUCCCGAGAAGCGGAAACAAAGCAAGGAGCUGAUACUCGGACAAGAGCGCGCUUACCCUCGCCUCUACUGGUCCCUGAGAACCGCUCUUCGGCCACUGAUCGACGCCCACGAGCAACAGAUCGACCUGGACCUGGUCUCGUCCGUGGUCAACACCCCGGGGAGCAGUUCGAGCGGAUCGAGCGGUUGCUGCAGCUUGGCCGUGAGCGGCGGCGGCGGGAACGGGCAAGGUGGCGCGAGCGGGCAGCAGAAGAGGCAGCAGCGAAGAGCGAAGGCGAACUCGAUCUCGUCGGUCGGGGCGCUCGUCCAGUGGCAGGCGGGGGAGCAGGACGAGAACGAGGAGGAGACCGACGAGGAGCCGGUCCUUUGAGGGAGACCCGUCGCGAGAUGGGAUUUCGAUCGUGAUUCGAUCUCAUCCUCGCAUCGCCGUCGAAAAUUACCGUCAUCGGCGUUCUCCGUGGUCAGGAGGAGGAGAAUGCGUUUCGCCACCGCCGCCGCGACCAAGAUUCAAAAUCCUGAGGGAGAAUGCUAAAGGGGGGAUGAAUCGAUGAAUCGUAUUUUCAACACCGUCGAAUACACGCGAGGAUGAAACGAGGACGAGAUACGUGUUACACGGCUCGAGAAACCAAGAGAAAUAAACCAAGAGUAUUCCAAUCUUCUUGGGCUUGAGGAUGUCUCGUUAGGUUGUUCUUCUUCCGCCGAAAACCAAACUUCGUUUCCCCGUUUAUUCGUAAACGGUCGACGCGUGCACCAGAGGUCCUCCAUAUUUGUCUAAUAAAAGGAUCGGACCUCUGAUCGGUGCGCGAUUUUCUCUAUCUCGGCACGAAGAUGCCCUUAAUCGGAUCGUUUCGCGUUUCGUUUUCAUUUAGCCUUGAGCGUUCUCCAGAGAGAGAGAGAGAGAGAGAGAGAGAGAGGAACGUCGAUGCACGAAAAUAGAGAUAUAUAUACAUAUAUAUAUAUAUACUACUCGUUCGACGCAACGGACGCAACGACGGAUCGGAUUUUUUUUUUUCUUCUUUUUCUUCUUCUUCUUCUUCUCACGAGUGGUUGUUCCGUCGAGAGUAUGAGAACGAGUCGUGGAACCGUCGUCGCGGUUCGUUCGAUAUCUAACGAUAUACAAUUGCUUCGUAAAAGCUACUUAAACAAAACGUUGUGCGCGGUUUAAAUGUUACUUACGUAAGGACACUUAUGUUAGCGUUUAAAAAAAAUAACCAACCAACAUGUUGAGACUUCGGUUGUACUUUACGAGUUCAGAGCACGCGGGACGCUGCGGUGUCUGGCCAGACACCGGACUCUUGUCGGAAUCGUGCAACGAAAUCUUUCGCGAUUUCGAGGGUGAAUUUUUUCGUGGGAGAUGAAUGGAUCCGAAUCCGAAGUGGAAAUACGGAUGAUUUAGGGAGGGGGGAAAAGUGGUUGAUUCGACGGGACUCGAGCCGCCUUUCAAGCAAAUUUCGAUUGGUGGACGAAGAACCGAAGAAACGAAGAGGGGAGAUGAAGUGACUACUUUGAGAAGCGCCAAAACCUCGACUGCUCAAGGGACCGCAAUUUUAGCGUAAACGAGAGGAGGACACUUGAUUUUUUAUAUUAUAAUUGUGAUUUGAUAAAACGAACGAGCCUCGUGUCUCGCGUCGGUGACGUAAUUAGGGUUAGUCGCUUAAGAAAUACCAAAAUUUUUGUAAAAUCGUGCCCCCGCGCUCACCCGUCGAGAACGAGCCUCAUCUUUUCGAGCAUUUUUCGAUGAAUUCGAACGUGAUUGUUCGCCUUGACGUCUUUCAAUUAGGGAGGGAGAGAGAGCGAGAGAGAAAGAAAGAGUGAGAAAGAGAGAGAGAGAACGAAAAGUAUUUAAAAACGACACGGAGAUAUUGUUUGUAUCGUUUCGAAUCGAUAGGACGUUCAUUUUUUUUGCGGUCAAUGAAAAUGUCGUCCUUGACGGUUCGACGAUUGCGCCAUUAAUUAAUUAAACUGCACGCGGUGGAAACCAAAAAAAAAAAAAAAAAGAAAAAAGAAAAUGAGAGCGAAUAGGGAAAACGCGCUUGUUCGACUUUUUGUAAAAAAAACAAAAACGCGCGAAAUCAAUCGACGAUGUAUUUAUCAACUCGAUCCGUUUUUUUCGGUUCACGCGAACGUUCCAUUAAACACACCAUGGAUGGAUUAAAAUCGAAGAGAACAGGAGAGAGAGAGAGAGAGAGAGAGAGAGAGAGAGAGAGAGAGAGAAAGAGAAAGGAUUUGAGGGGUGAAGGUUUUGACUAAUUCUCAACCGUAAUUGCAUGUAACUUCGAUAGCACGCACACAAAAUAUGCGCCUAGCCGCGUAAUAUUCGUAAAUAUAUACGUGUAAAUACAUAUUUGCUUCUCUGGCAGAGUAAACCGAAGACACAUGGUAUAUAUAUACAUAUAUAUACAUAUAUACAUAUACGAAUCAUUAUACGAAAGCUUUUUCCUCUUAACUGGUAAAUAUACGUACAUCUAUACAUAUAUAUCAUGUAUAUCGCCUUGUUCGAAAUCAUUGGCGAAAUCAUAUUUUUCGACUAUUGUAUAGCCCCUUUUUCGUCGAUGAACAAGAGAGAAAGAGAGAGAGAGAGAGAGAGAGAGAGAAAAGAAAGGCAAAAAAAAAAAAAGAAGAAGAAACGAUCGAGAGUCGAUCGAUGAAGAGAAUUACGAGAAUUUACGAGAUCGCGUGGUAUUUUCGAUUCUUCUGGACGUCGUGGUUGAACGAAUGCAUCAUUUUUUGGAUACGAUGUUCGCCAUGUCCAGCCAGAUUCGAGCAACAGGAAGGAUUAUACAGCCAUUGUAGAUUACACGUUCAAGACCAAAAAAAAAAAGAAAAAAGAAAAAAGCGAAACCAGUUGAAGCAGGAUGGUACUCGUGGAAGAGAUUCAUUCUAAAUGGAAUGGAAUGGAAAAUUGGACGAUGCGAUCGUCACGGCGGAUAUGGGCUAUUGGACGAUGAUCGAUAAUAAUCGAACAACAGAGAAUUUUCGGCUCGAUACUUAACGAACUCGUCUUCGAGCGUUUUCGUUUCGUUUAGGUUCAGGACAACAGUGUACGCUCGCUAUCGUUAGGAUUUUAUUCGAGGAAGCGUAAAGCUCCGUGCGUGUACGUAGACCGCAUGCAAGAAACACACGUUGCAACAUUGUAGGAUCCUCCCGGUACGGAAUCUCGCGUCGUAUCGAUAUUUCUUAAAAAAAUACGACCCGUUCGUUUCGACGGGGCGGACGUGUUCGACACAUGAGAAACACCAAUAACCAACGACAGGAACAACACACAUAUUAUACGGGAAGAGAGUGGCACGUGGAAAUAAAGAGUACGGAAAUCUCGAUCUAUAUGGAUUUUCGUGGAUAGAUAUUAUCAUAUUUUCCGAGAGUUACGAGAGGACGUUGUUACUGUAAAGAUAUGUAAGUUUAUUUAUCGCUAAUAAAAAUGAACGUUUAAGAAAAAUAA